AUGACAAUGGAAGAGUUUUUCACCUCUCCACCCGGUCAUCCAGAUGACAACAUUGAUGUAAUCGAAUUUAUCAAAACGUUGAAGAAAAUCGAUCGAAACGGUGACGGGAAAAGUCCGUUCGGAUCAACGGGAAAUCUCUCUUCAACCCACUCGACAAGACCAAAUUCAACCGAGAAAAUGCUUCAAACGACGGCUACGACAACAGCCGCGAAAACGACUCCACCCGGGAAACUACCCGGGAAAAAGGGAAUUGAAAAGAGAGUCAGCGCCAGCGAUCUCUUGCAAGCGGCUCGGAAGAAAUUCGCUCUCACCAAGCACAAAGAUCCCAACUUUCACUCACUCGAGCUCCCUGAGGAGGAUGGGCAUCAUGCCGAAGAGCCGACCGACCUGCUCCGGAUGCCGCAAAUCAAUUCGCUGAAAGUUUCCGAGCGAAAGAGCGGCUCUGAGCCAGCGAAUCUCUCCUCGAAUACG